ACUUCAGCGGGUCCUGGCGUGGCUCCGCGUCCUCUCAGAGCAGACAGACUCCAGUCCGGGUUUUGUGACCCUCCAGCCGCUCUGAGGAGCUUAUCUACUCUUCCUUUGUGAUUUGAACCGUUUUUAGUCUUCUCUGUGGGACGGGGACCAUCAACAAAAACCGCGUCUGUCCUCCACUCCCAUAGCCUACUAAUGUCUGAGAGACUAGCAGCGGACUUGUCCAGCGAUGAGGUGUUCAUCAGCCGGUUCCCGGUCCACAGAGCCUGCCGGGAUGGAGAUGUGGGAGCUCUGGUGUCCCUGCUACAGCAGCUCUCAGACCGGACUCCUCUGACCGCUGAGGACUCCUGCUACGGAUGGACCCCCUUACACUGGGCUGCUCACUAUGGACAGCUGGAGUGUGUGGUGCGCCUGGUGCAGAUAGGUUGUGAGGUUAACGCAGUGACCAGCCGCUUCAACCAGACGCCGACACACACCGCGGCGUUUGGAGGACAUCCUCAGUGUGUUGUGUGGUUGACUCAGGCUGGAGCCGACGUCAACAGACAGGAUUUUGUAGGUGAGGCUCCACUCCACAAGGCGGCUCGAUCAGGUAGCUUGGAGUGUAUCCAGGUCCUGUUGAUAGCAGGUGCUAAACCACAGUAAGUACUCUGCAGUCUGACCUCUGGGCAGCACAGAAGCAGCUACACACCUCACAUUUACUGUUUAGAGAUACACUGAAUACGUUUUUGUGAGAAGGACGACACCUGCUGAAUGUACACCUGUGUAUUCUCUGUUUUCAGUGUUUUGCUAACGUCACAUCAGCUGUUUGGGAGGGAACUGAAAACAGUGGUUUAAUUUAAUCUCUCUUACAGUCAUCAGUAAGGAAUGUAUGUCGGUCAUUAUACAAAUGUAGCUUUAAUCAUCGAACUGUCUCACCACACUGACAGAACUUGUACAAAAAUAAAUACUGAAAUUAAUAAUCUCAGUCACACAGCGAGAUAUUUCAUUUUUCAUUGGCCCUUCCCUUCCAAACCAGCUGAUUUAAAGUGAAGUGAUAAUGUUAUUUGUGUGUGUUGUAUUUUCUUCAACAGCUGCAUAAGUAAAAUGAACUCAUAUGUUUUAUGAUAGAGACAGAAAAUGAGAAUGUUGGUCGUACAGGAAGCAGAAAAGCUCAUGUGUCUCUAUUUAUAGCACACUGACCAAAACCCUUCAUUGUUUCCACUAUAGGACAAAUAUGGAAAUUUAUUGCAUUUUAUGAUUUAUGUAUGCCGCAUAAUGUUUCACCUUAAUCUUUAACAUGCAUUAUGUCAUGGAAACUGAGAGGGUGAGACUGACAUCAGUUCUGUGUCUGAUUAUUUUGUGCAAUUUUAUAUUAAAAAAGUGGUUUGUUAAGUAAUUUCUCAAGUAUUU